GCAACUACCAGACAAAUGGCAUCCAAGUCCUUUUCAGAAGAUGAUUUAUCCUGUCCUGUGUGCUACAAUAUCUACAAGGAUCCUGUUAUUCUGACCUGUACUCACAGCAUCUGUAACACAUGCCUGCAGAAGUUCUGGGAAACCAAAGGAUCCAGGGAAUGUCCAGUCUGCAGGACAAGGUGCUCAAAGGAGGAGUAUCCUCUCAACCUGGUUCUAAAGAACUUGUGUGAGACUUUCCAACAGAGAGAGGAAAACAGUCAGAGAGAACCAUUCUGCAGUCUGCACCGUUCUGAACUCAAGCUCUUCUGUGAAGAUGACAAACAGCUUGUGUGUUUGGUGUGUCGAGACUCAAAACUCCACAAGAACCACAACUUCAGUCCUAUCGGGGAAGCAGCACUUGAGCGUAAGGAAGAACUGAAGAUCAAACUGCAGCCCUUACAGAAGAAUCUGGACAACUUUAAACAAGUUAAAACAACCAGUGAUAAAACUGCCCAACACAUAAGAGUCCAGGCCCAACACACAGAGAGGCAGAUCAAGGAGGAGUUUGAGAAGCUUCACCAAUUUCUACGAGAUGAAGAGGCAGCCAGGUUAGCUGCACUGAGGGAGGAAGAGGAGCAGAAGAGUCAGAUGAUGAAGGAGAAGAUUGAGAAGAUGAGCAGAGAGAUCUCCUCUCUUUCAGACACAAUCAGAGCCAUAGAGGAGGAGAUGGGAGCUGAUGACAUCACAUUCCUGCAGGUAGGGCCCAUCACAGUGGAGAGAGCCCAGUGCACACUGCAGGAUCCAGAGAGGGUUGGAGGAGCUCUGAUCAAUGUGGCAAAGCACCUGGGCAACCUGAAGUUCAGAGUCUGGGAGAAGAUGCAAGAGAUUGUUCAACACACUCUUGUGACUCUGGAUCCCAACACUGCACACCCACAUAUCAUCCUGUCUGAGGAUCUGACCAGUGUGAGAGUCAGUAAUGAGAGACAGCAGCUUCCUGAUAACCCAGAUAGAUUUGAUAAGGCUGCCUGUGUCCUGGGCUCUGAGGGCUUUAACUCAGGGACACACUGUUGGUAUGUGGAGGUUGGGGACAGUGAUAUUUGGUGCCUGGGAGUGAAGACAGAGUCUAGUCAGAGGAAGGGAGAGGGUGCCCUCAGUGGAGUCUGGCGUGUUUAUCAUGGUAAUGGUGCAUAUGAAGCACUCUCUCCAUCCCAGACCACCACUCCCCUCACAGUGAAGCGGAAACCCCAGAGGAUCAGAGUGCAGCUGGACUGGGACAGAGGAAAACUUUCAUUCUCUGACCCUGAUAAUAACACACACCUACACACUUUCAUACACACUUUCACUGAGAGAGUCUUUCCAUACAUUUACACUUUAUCAUCUCUGAGGAUCUUACCAGUGAAGGCUGCAGUAACAGUAGAGCACCGAUGAUCAGGCAACAUUUUUAUUUUUGCAAUUUGUUCUGGCAGCACAACACAAUUUAUUAACAUAGACAAAUGCAUUGGUGAUAUACAUGCCAAUGAUUCAUCUGAAGUUGUGGUGGUUAUUAUAUUUCAUAGUUAUUGUAUUUUCAUGGGGAAGCAAGAAGUAAUCUAAACGAAUAUUCUGUAACUGUCUAAAGAAAGCUGUGACAUAGGCAUCACACACCUGAAAGCCAUUAUGGACUCACUAAGUCACUGAAUAAGUACCCGUGUCACCUGUUAAGAUACCACUAUUCAAGUCUACUUCCUGGCUGAGCAUCACUGGUAGUCUUGAUACUCACCUGUGUCUUUAACUGAGCCUUUUUGAUUAACCUGUUUUCCU